GUGUGCGCGAGAGUUUGGGAUGGACUUGUUCUCUGUGUGCGGGCAUGCACGAGCACAGCUGACCUGACUCGAAAUAAUAUUCAUUUUCACAUCUCUUGAGCUCAUUGUCUUUACCACAGUGCUCUGUUUCUGUUCAACUUCAAUUCAUCUUAUAAUAAAAGGUUUAGGUAAAAAAUUUCAAUCCGGCGAAUCCGCACGGUGGAUCGCCAAUUUCUCAGACGGCGAAUUUUAAACUAAAAUGGCGAUGGAUAAUGCGUAUCUGAUGCAGUUUGUGGACGAAACCUCGUUUUACAAUCGGAUUGUUCUGAGUCACCUCUUGCCGUCGAGUAUGUGGGAGCAUUUGCCGCAUUUCCUCCAGACAUGGCUCCGGAACUACCUCGCCGGAAACUUACUUUACUUCAUCUCAGGCUUUCUCUGGUGCUUCUACAUCUAUUACCUCAAACUCAACGUUUAUCUUCCCCAAGAUGCGAUUCCGACAAGACAGGCUAUGCUUUUGCAAAUAAAUGUGGCAGUGAAGGCGAUGCCUUGUUACACUCUGCUUCCAACCGUCUCUGAGUACAUGAUCGAAAGUGGUUGGACCAAAUGUUACUCUAGAGUAGGCGAAGUCAGUUGGAUCCUCUACUUUGUUUCUAUCGCGACAUAUCUUGUUUUAGUUGAGUUUGGUAUUUAUUGGAUGCACAGAGAGCUUCAUGACAUUAAGCCUCUUUAUAAGCAUCUCCAUGCCACCCAUCAUAUCUACAACAAACAGAACACACUUUCUCCCUUUGCCGGGCUUGCGUUUCACCCAGUAGACGGUAUACUUCAGGCUUUACCGCAUGUGCUAGCUCUGUUUAUAGUGCCGAUUCAUUUCACAACUCAUUUAGGUCUUUUGUUCAUGGAAGCGAUAUGGACAGCGAACAUCCACGACUGCAUCCACGGUAAUAUUUGGCCUGUAAUGGGUGCAGGGUACCAUACCAUACACCACACCACUUACAAGCAUAACUAUGGUCACUAUACCAUAUGGAUGGAUUGGAUGUUUGGCUCUCUUAGGGACCCUCUUUUAGAAGAAGUUAACAACUAAGACAGCUCCAAGAAAGCAGAAUGAGAGUGCCCACUUGUUUUUUUUUUCUUUUUUUUAAUUCUGGUUUAUUGUCUUUGUGUGUUUGCUUGCCUGUUCAAAGUUUCAACCGGCUAGCCUUGGACCUGAAAAACAAAAACCAAAAACCAUUUUAGAAACUAGAAACAAUCAACACCUAUGAUUCGAUUUG